AUGAACGUGGUGCCUGAACAAAUAGCCCAUGGCAACUGGAACACGUACCACACCGUCUCAAUGACCGGAUUCGGCACUUGCAGCAUCGUGGUCGUAUACAACAAGCACGGCUUCCUGGCAUCUAACAUCUCUGCCGGAACAGAGCUGGAGAAGGAUGCCAUGACCAAGCUCUGCGCGACCUACCCAGGGAUCAAAAGCACCGUGUUUAAAAACCAGUCCGUCAAAGCGCUGAUCCUGUGCGAGCAAUUGAAUAUAGAGAAAGGGGGGUUGAUGAGAAGUGCUGCAGAGAGUCUGACGCUGGCGAGUGAGAUCGUUGUGAGGUAUUACGAUGCCCCGUCGUUCUUGGGAACAUCGCCUACGACGCCGGGCUGUCAUUUCUCUCUUGGGCCAUUUGGGAAUGGGUUCAAUGCUGUUUUGCGGGGUGCCAGUGGGAAGUCGGUCAAUCCUUUGACUGCGUCUGCGGGUGCUUUGAAAUGUCCAUAG